AUGGCGCGUCGUCGCGUUUGCAUAAUUCCAGCAGGUAAAAAUGAUAGUUCACAACCAACAUCACAUUCACUAUGGCAUGGCAUUUAUCAAGAAAUUAUCAACUUGACUGACACCGAUGACGAAGGACUCUACAAUGAUCUCAAGGCUCAGAAAGCCGUUAAUGAGGUCGAAGCCGAGGGUAAAGACGACAACGAUGUCGUCCUUCGAGAUUCUGAGCACAAAGGUGGCUUUUCUAACACCUAUGACUCAUUAUGA